AUGGCCCCUAAGGACAACGACCCCACCUCGUCAGGCUCCACCGUAGUCGCCUCCUCGCCUGCUCCAAUCAAGAACGCGCUGAACCUCGAUGUCGAGCACACCCCUUUCACCCACCCCGAACUGCUUGGUGAAUUCCCUACCAUUACUUAUGACCCGAUUCCAGUGCUACCGUACGAGGACCGCGCGCUCAAGGCCGACCCCACCUUCAAGAACUUGCUGGCCGAUGCGACUGUGAAGCACUUGGAGCCGAAGAUCGGCACGGAGAUUUCAAAUCUGCAGCUGCACGAGUUGACCGACACACAGAAGGAUGAACUGGCAUUGCUGGUGGCGCAGCGCGGGGUGGUGUUUUUCCGUAACCAAAAGAUCUCAAUCCAGGAUCAGUUGGCUCUUGGACGUUAUUAUGGCCCUUUACACGUUCACCAAACGGUGGGGCACGCGAAAGGUAUCCCCCAAGUGCACGUUGUUGAGAACUCGCUCGAAGUGAGUGAGAAGCGCAUCAAGGCACAAGCCCUGGAACCCGUAAACCUGUGGCACAGCGACGUGUCCUACGAGCGUCAGCCUCCGUCGUACACGAGCUUCAAGGUUCUGACUACUCCCCCCACCGGCGGCGACACUUUGUGGGCCUCUGCAUACGAAGCGUAUGACAGACUCACCCCGCAAUUCAAGACGUUCGUGGAGGGUCUCACGGCCAUUCACAGCAGCAAGGUCCGAGCUAAUCUUUAG